AUAGCUCGAGGGGGCGGGGCGGGGCGCUCCCGCCGUUCCGCCGGUGCCGCCGGUCCCGGGGCAGCGCGGCGCGAUGGCGGCCGGCGGGUACGGGCGGCACCGCGCCAUUAUCUUCACGGCCAUGUUCGUGGGGUACACUCUGUAUUACUUCAACCGCAAGACCUUCUCCUUCGUCAUGCCCGCCGUCAUGGCCGAGGUGCCGCUGGGCAAGGACGAGCUGGGUCUCAUCACCAGCAGCCAAUCCGCAGCCUACGCCAUCAGCAAGUUUAUCAGCGGCGUGCUGUCCGACCAGCUGAGCGCCCGCUUGCUCUUCUCCUCCGGGCUGCUGCUGGUGGGCCUCGUCAAUGUGGGGUUCUCCUGGAGUUCCACCGUCACUGCCUUCGCCGGGCUCUGGUUCCUCAACGGGCUGGCGCAGGGGCUGGGCUGGCCGCCCUGCGGGAAGAUUCUGCGCAAGUGGUUUGAGCCUUCCCAGUUCGGGACCUGGUGGGCAAUCCUGUCCACGAGCAUGAACUUGGCCGGAGGCUUGGGCCCCAUCGUCGCGGCACUCGUGUCUCUGCACUACGACUGGCGCAUGACUCUCUCCUUCUCUGGCUUCACCUGCGUGGUUGUCUCCGUGGUUUGCCUCAUCCUGAUUAAAAACGAGCCGUCGGACGUCGGGCUGCCCAACAUUGAACAAGGAGCGAAGAAAGGGAAGAAAGGUUCCUCCAGUGACAACAGCACUUUGACGGAGCUGCUGCUCUCACCGUACCUCUGGGUGCUGUCAACGGGCUACCUGGUUGUUUUUGGGGUGAAAACGUGCUGCACCGACUGGGGACAGCUCUUCCUGAUCCAGGAGAGGGGACAAUCCAUGCUCGUGGGUAGCUCCUACAUGAGCGCCUUGGAGAUCGGGGGUCUGGUGGGAAGCAUUGCUGCUGGGUACCUUUCUGACAGAGCUGUAGCGAGAGUGGGUCUGUCAAGCUACGGGAAUCCUCGGCACGCGCUGCUGCUCUCCAUGAUGGCCGGGAUGUGUGUCUCCAUGUUUCUUUUCCGCGUCACGGUCACAGGCGAUUCUCCCAAGGAAAAUCCCUUCUGGACUGUAGCCUUCCAGCCUCUUGCUGCUCUUACAGGCCUAAAAGAACACGAGCUGUGGAUCCUGACGCUGGGAGCUGUGUUUGGGUUCUGCUCCUACGGGCCCAUCGCCCUCUUUGGGGUGAUCGCCAAUGAAAGCGCCCCCGCCAACCUCUGCGGCACCUCCCACGCCAUAGUGGCCCUCAUGGCCAACGUUGGAGGCUUCCUGGCAGGGCUGCCCUUCAGCACCAUUGCCAAACACUACAGCUGGGCCACCGCCUUCUGGGUGGCCGAGAUCACCUGCACCGGCAGCACCGUGGCUUUCUUCUUACUGCGGAACAUCCGCACCAAGAUGGGCCGCAUUCCCCGGAAGGCGGACUGAGGAUGAGCGGCUAGAGAAGGAUGCUCCCGCGCUGAUGUGAACGAUGCUCGUGUUUGUGUAACUGGUAACCGAGUUCACUCUAAAACCUUCCCAGUAUCUCGUCACGUACCCGAGGACACAAGGUUCCUGCUGCUUUUUCCCUCCAGAUGUGAUAAUCCAGAUAGUUUACAGUUGCCAUGAUUUUACUGCAUCUCCUCUCACAGCGCUGCUGGCAAAGCAGGCCCGAAUUUCUCUGUGGAAGUGUUCCGACAGUCCCGGUUUGCUUUGGUGCAAGCUCCCGGCGCACUCUUGGGCCUGGAGCAGGGACUGAUGCUGGUGCCAGUUUGGCCUCACCGCUGGUUUGCUGUACCCGGGAUUAGCUGUUGGGAGCCAGAGUGGUGUUCUGCUCCAGAGGAGCAGAAUGCCGAGGCGGUGCUGUGGCGAGGCUCUCCGCAGCACUUAGCAAUAGGCACGCUUCCAAGAAAUCCUUGGUGCUCAGAGGAGCUCCUGAACUGGCCCUGCCUGGAGUGGUUUCUGUGCGCAGUGUUAAUGAUUUUCUAGGGAGGCCACCGCUGCUCAGGCAGCGCACGGCAAAUCGGCCAGGAAAAUGGGAGCCAGCAGUGGGAAUUUUGACAGCAGCUGCCACCAGGGCCCAUGAAAACCCGUGUUCUUGUGUUUUUCAGAACCAGAUGCGUGCUCUGGGCUGUUUUCAUUUAGCAGCUGCAUCUCUCACAGCUGCAGCCAGGGCUUGGGCUCUGCCAGAUCUGCCAGCAGCAGCCCUGGAUCCGGCCCAGCGCUCUCUGCAAUCUGCAAACUCAGGUUUUUAGCUGGGGUUUUGUUGAAUUUUCUUGUUUUUCCCCAGAAGGAUUUACUGGAUUAGGGUCUGGGAGGAGGCAAAAUCAGCUAACGGAGCAGCAGGUACUUUGCAGAACAGCUUGGUUGCAAGAGUAGGUAGCCAGCCUUAAUUAAAACAAUGAAAG